UAUAGUAAAAAGAAAGUACAAAAAGCUAGAAGAAAAAACAAAUCAAUGGGUGAUUUUGGAUCCAAUGGACCAUCAAGCAUGAGCAUUCUAAUGUAUCCGUGGUUAGCAUUUGGCCACAUGACUGCUUUUCUUCACCUCUCCAACAAGCUUGCAGAGAAAGGACACAAGAUCGUUUUCUUGCUUCCCAAGAAAGCUCUAAACCAGGUCAAACCUCUUAACCUCUACCCAAAUCUCAUCACUUUCCACACCAUCUCAAUUCCUCAUGUCAAAGGGCUCCCUCCCGGUGCUGAGACCAACUCCGACGUACCCUUUUUCUUGACCCAUUUGCUUGCGGUUGCAAUGAACCAAACCCGGCCCGAGGUAGAGACAAUUCUGCGUACAAACAAACCGGAUUUGGUUUUCUACGAUUCCGCUGAUUGGAUACCUGAAAUCGCUAAACCGGUUGGUGCUAAAACCGUUUGUUUCAAUACCGUGAGCGCUGCGUCAAUUGCACUAACUCUUGUCCCUGCUGCGGAGCGAGAGAUCAUUGAUGGGAAGGAAAUGUCAGCUGAAGAGUUAGCUAAACCGCCUCUAGGUUACCCGUCUUCAAAAGUAGUGUUACUUGCGCACGAAGCAAGAACCCUAAGCUUUGUAUGGAAGAGGCACGAGGGUAUUGGUUCGUUCUUCGAUGGGAAAGUUACGGCCAUGAGAAACUGCGACGCGAUCGCUAUUAGGACUUGCCGUGAGACGGAAGGCAAGUUCUGCGAUUACAUCGGUAACCAAUACAACAAACCGGUUUACCUGACCGGACCGGUACUCCCAGUAGAUGAACUUGAUAAGCCUUCCUUAGAGCCUAGAUGGGCGGAUUGGUUAGAACAAUUCAGUCCUGGUUCUGUUGUGUUCUGCGCUUUCGGUAGCCAACCCGUUGUAGACAAGAUAGAUCAAUUUCAAGAACUCUGUUUAGGGCUUGAAGCAACCGGUUUACCGUUUCUGGUAGCGAUUAAGCCUCCUUCUGGUGUGUCAACGGUGGAGGAAGCGUUACCUGAAGGGUUCCAAGAGAGGGUUCGUGGACGUGGCGUUGUGUAUGGAGGCUGGGUUCAGCAACCUUUGGUGUUGAACCAUCCUUCUGUGGGAUGUUUCGUUAGCCAUUGUGGGUUUGGUUCGAUGUGGGAGUCUUUGAUGAGUGAUUGUCAGAUGGUUUUGGUGCCGCAGCACGGUGAACAGAUACUGAACGCGAGGCUGAUGGCAGGGGAGAUGGAGGUGGCGGUGGAGGUUGAGAGGGGAGAGAAUGGGUGGUUUUCGCGGAGGAGCUUGGAGGAUGCCGUGAAGAGUGUGAUGGGUGGAGGGAGUGAGGUUGGUGAGAAAGUGAGGAAGAACCAUGAGAAAUGGAGAUGUGUUUUGAGUGACUCUGGGUUUGCUGAUGGUUAUAUCAGCAAGUUUGAACAGAACUUAAUUGAUCUUGUGAAGUCAUAAAUGUUCAUUUUAGUCUUUCCACUUAGUUCGGUUUAAUUUGAUUAUGUUUUGAGUUUGAGUCUUGGUUUGAAAUUAUAUUUGUAAAACAUGUUUUAUUUCUUCGCAAUUCUCAUAAAAUUAGCUGAUUAUGGAAUUUCUUCCAGAAGCUAAUAAAUCUAUAUUGUAUUCCCUGUAUGGAAAUUAUUAACAAAUUUAAAUGUC